CGUUACAUUCGUACGGUCAUCUGCAACUUUUUAAAGUCUGAAAAGGAUAUAAAAAAGAUUUUAUAAUACAGGUUGUAUCAAUGCGCAGUAAGGCUUCACGGUUUAUCUGUGUCACUGUAGGGCGUCUCUGUUCGCACAAUGAAGCGCGGCGGAUGGGAACUUCCACCAGCUGUCGAUUAGAGAUAUAAUGACACUCGAGUUCAUCGACUGCCCCUGUCUGCUACUCCUACUGUCGACGCUACACGGGAUUUUAAAGGCGGACGUCGCGAUUAGAUGCGGAUUUUGGGUUUUUCCGUGAGCAUGAGAACUUUUUCGCGGAUAUGUGUUUUUCUUGUCCUGGGCGUAAGCGCUGCCUCCUUGAUAACUUUCAUUUGUGGACAUUAUUGUGUUAAUUUCGUAUCUAGUGGACGUGGUGCGUAUCCCGCUCGAUUAAGACAGUUGGUGCUAACCAGAGACUACAGUUUCCAGUUUGUGGACCAUGAGAAGAGAAUCAGGGGACAGAGCAAGGAGCAGAGACCUCUGUGCUCUCUCAGAUGGAUGGUUGAGAAGGAUGUGGUUCUCAGACAGUACUUCAACUUCUCUGUGCCUGUCCUAAUGUGGGCAACGGAUCUCCAUCCCUCAGUGUGGCACCGAUUGCAGAAUCACUGGCCUCCCUAUGGAUGGAAGGGUUUGCCCCCAAAUGUUGUGAAUGCAACGCUGACCCUCCUCAAAGACUCAAGUGGACUGCUGUUUGACCGUGGGUCACUUCAUUGUGUGCGCUGUGCUGUGGUGGGCAAUGGUGGUAUUCUUAAAGGUUCUAAGCAAGGCAAGGCCAUCAACAGCCACCACUUUGUAUUCAGGGUCAAUGGAGCCAUAACUAAGGGCUUUGAGGAAGAUGUGGGCACAAAAACCAACUUUUAUGGUUUCACCACUAACACCAUGAAGAACUCACUCCUUUCCUAUCAGGCAGCUGGUUUCAACAAGGUGCCACAGGGUCAGGAUGUUCACUAUGUGUUUAUUCCCGCUGAUAUUCGGGACUAUGAAAUGCUAAAGGCCGGAGUCAAAGGUAUCCCUGUGAUCUCAGGGGUGGAUGAGGGUGACGAACCAUCGAGAUACUUUGGACAUUCUCCUGCACUUCAAAAGUUCAAAAUGCUUCACCCAGAUUUUGUCACUUACAUCAAAGAGAGGUUUCUGAAGUCACCACUGUUGGAAUCCAUGUUUCCUAACCUGUACAUGCCAAGCACAGGUGCGCUGAUGCUUAUGACGGCCUUGCACACUUGUGACAAGGUUUCAGCCUAUGGCUUCAUCACCAAAAACUACCAGAAUUUCUCAGACCACUACUUUGAUAAAGUGAAGCAACCCCUUGUCUUCUAUGCUAAUCAUGACAUGUUAAUGGAGUCAAGAUUAUGGGCAGAUCUCCAUGCCCGGGAAGUUAUGUGGCUGUACACAAGGCCAUAGGCCAUGUGAGCCAUUUCAAGACUUAAACUUUCAACUCAGCUUUCAGUGAAGGCAAGAGUAAUAGUGAUGGGUUGAACCUCUUUUCCUGAAAGCAACUGAAGAGCUAAAUUUGUAGACAACUUCAUAUUAUGAGCAGUUUAAAACCUUGAGUCCACAUAGACCCUCACAAAGACAGUCCCUUUUUCCCCCACUUUAAGUCUACCGCCAGCCAUUGAUUUCUAAGUUUUGUUCUGUUGCUGUAGGAGUAGCAUGUCCCAGUGCGGGUUCUGUAAGUUGCUUUGCAGUGCUAAUGCACUUCAUUCUCUCUUUAUGCAAAUAGGACAAGCAUCACUUAUGGCCAACAAAAACAGAACUCCCAGGUGUGCAAAACAGGUUACACCUAGACCACAUUCUGGUUGGUUUAAGCCAUAAAAUGUAAGAGGAAACCUGAUUAUAAUGCAGGAGAACAUCUUUGUAACUUGACAAAAUACAUAGGAUAGAGGUGGAGUGCAUUUCUCAAAUUUUAGACGUGCUAUACUGUGACAAAAUUCUUAAUCAGCUGUAACAUUUUAAAUAUUUGUACCACACAGCUGUGUGGAGAAUUCCAUAUCUCCUCAGCAAGCAUACAGUAACUUGAUAAAAACAAGUGACAAUUCUGGCUGUGACUCUUGUAACUACUUUUCUGUAAGUGGGAUGUCGGGAGAUUGUGUUCAACUUCUAAUAGACAGUAGUGCUUUGAACAAACUCAAACUACUUAUUUUAAUGUUUGUUCUACAAAUACACUGCUCUUUAAGAUUCAUUUUCAGAUAAAUGA